AUGGAGGCAUCAAAUACCCGGCAAGGAAGACCUGCUGUGCAAUCAGUGGCCCUCGAGUCCAUGGCUCCAAGUACAACAACCGAUACACGCUCCGCUACAGACGCGGCGCCAAUCGACAAUCCACCUUCCAGCGAAGAGAAUCAGAACUCCUCCAAGCCAGUGUACGAGAACCAGCAUACCAAGGAUGAUCCAGAAGCAGGACUCUCUGCCCAGAACAGUGCAUCCAGCGGGGAUAGCGGAGGCCAAGAUCUAGACCAGAUACGAAAGUUGGUUUCGCGGAUGUUCGGCCGGGAGAGGAAGGAAAAUUCGCAGGAAGAAAAAAUGAGGCAUUCGGGAGUUGUGUGGAAGGAUCUCACUGUCAAAGGUGUGGGCGUGGGAGCUGUCAUUCAGCCGACAAUCCUUGAUAUCUUUCUGGGGAUACCGAGGUUGGUCAAGAAGCUCCUAACAAAGGGUAGGAAGAGUGCUGGUACUGGGAAACCGCCGACGAGGACAAUCAUCGACGGCUUCACGGUAUGCUCUUCAGAACUUCAUUAUACAAGUCUUAACUCUCACAUAUAUAGGGCUGUGUCCGUCCUGGGGAGAUGCUUCUCGUUCUUGGACGACCUGGUUCAGGAUGCUCUACUUUCUUGA